GUCUCGAGGGUAAACACGUCGCAUGUAAACAUUAAAACUUUGGUAGAAUAACAUGAUCAUUUUUUAUUGUUUAGGAAUAGCACAAAUAAAUAUUCAAAGUGCGAAAUUAAUUGAGUGAUUUGGAAGUGAAAAGAACUAAUAUAUCACACUGUUUACAUUUUUUUAUUCGUACUAAACGAGACAGUUCAAGCCGCGUACUCUAAAAUUUGCUAGAAAAUUGAGAAAAGUUUGAAGUUUUUUUUUUAAAAGGAGCAGUAAUAGGCCAUCAACUUUAUAUUGUUUGGUAUUGUGUAGUAUUGCGACUUUAGUAGACACAGGUCCUAUUUAAUGCUAUUUAUCCAGAAUUGUGUAUUUUGGCCUAAACGAAACAAAUCUGGAAGCGGAAAACCUGAGUUUUCAUUGUGUGAACUUACUAAAACAAUUGUACCAGCUAACGCCAAUACUUAAACAAUUAUUUUAAAAAUGGGUUUUCCCAAUAAAUUCAAACCGAAUAACAACCGUUCGUUUUCGCUUUCUCGUCAGCAAGCCAGAGCUUCUAUAUUCGCCAGACAUCACUCGAAAUUACCAAGCACGACGUGGAUUUAGUGUCGAACUAGUGGUAAUUCUGGGGCCAGGUUCGAUUUAUUGUCUAACUCGCCCCAAGUUGGUGUUAAUUACUGACCAGGGCGUCCUACUACAGCAUGGUCAUGGAGCAGCAAAAUACCACAGCUAUCGAGGAGCUCAAAAUUGGAGAAUCCGUUAAAGUCAAUACAUCUUUUCAAAUAAAGGCAGAAGAAAUCGAAAUAAUAGAUGAACAGCUUGGAAUAGUAUCCGGACAGCCGACAGAUGAUACCGUUAAUCUCCAAUCUCACCUAUGUAAGAUAUGUGGCAACGAAUUUCCGUCCCAAAGCCUGCUUAACGACCACGCAUCGAUUCACAUAACAGAACAAGAUUUAUGUAACAACAUGAAUAGAAGGCCUUUGCAAUGUCACGUGUGUGGAAAAGAACAUAGCUCGCUCGGUCGGCUUAAUGAACAUGUGAAAAUUCACAGUGCCAAAAUUCACAAAUGUGAUAUAUGUGAGAAAGUAUUUUCUACUGUUGGACAGAUGAAAGGACACAAAAGAACUCACACGAAUGACAAACCACAUCAAUGUAAGCUGUGUGGAAAAAGAUUUCGUUUGCGCUGCCAUCUCAAGAAGCACAUGUAUGUCCAUUCAGAUGUGCAACGUUAUAACUGUGAUGUGUGUGGAAAAGGAUUUUCUAUGCCCAGCGGUCUAGCAGUGCACAAACGAAUCCACACGAACGACCGACUUAUCAGCUGUGGUGUCUGUGGAAAAGAACUUACUACGCGCAACAAAUUGGAGUCCCACAUGCGAAUUCACACAAAUGAAAAACCUUACAAGUGUGACAUUUGUGGGAAACAUUUUCGUCAGCGCUGUCAAUUAGCGGCACACGCGUUUGUGCACGCUGAGCAUAGAAUCUAUAACUGUGAUGUGUGUGAGAAAAAAUUCAAAUCACCCGGUGGUUUAAGAAUUCACUUGAUAGUUCACACAAAUGAAAGACCAUAUAAAUGUGAGGUGUGUGGAAAAGAAUUUCGUGAAAGUGGCGUUCUCAAAAGUCAUAUGUAUAUCCAUACUGGAGAGAAACCUUACACCUGUGAAAUUUGUGGAAAAACAUUCAGCUAUCGUAUUUCUCUUACUUCUCACAAGCUGGUUCACUCCAAUGAGAAAAAAUUCAAAUGCGAUGCCUGUGAAAAAAGAUUAAAACUCACAUAUCCCUAAAAAGACACAAGUUGAAGGGUUGUGAUCAAGGCACGAAUGCAGUGACUUAGUAUAAAAUAUGAUUUACACAAUGAACUUAAACAACUAUAAGAUCUUUCACUUUUUCGUUAGCUUUAUUUUCGUUCGUUUGUUAUAAUACGGCAUUACACUUGAGAAAUAUCAAAAAUUUAAUAUAAAUCGUGUUUUACUAGAUAUAGCUUGCGAGCAGGGUUCUUGAUUAAGCCACUCUGCUUUUAAGUUGUUUUUGCUGCCCUCUGCGUUUUCAUUCCACUACGUUUUUUCUGUUGUACAGUCCUGAUUCGUUGGUUGGGUCACAGCCUUGUCCAACCAACGAAUUUGAUUCGCUAGUUGGACCGACUGACAAAUGUCAAAAACACUCCAAACGAGGUGUUGGCAGUGUAAAUGCAUCUGUUCAAAUCUCUAAAUAUUGUCAGAUUGAUUGUCAAAGUAAAUUUGACACGAGAUUUUGACGUUCAGAUGCUUUUUAGUCGGACAAUGGUCCAACUAGCGGCGGUCCAACUAAAAAGCGGUCCAGUUAAAAAAUGUCCAACCAGCGAAUCACGACUGUAAUUAAUGAAUUUUGAAAUUGAUUUUUUUAAAUUUAUAAAUGGUAUUUUUGAAUUUUGGAUUUUUAAAUCUUUAAAACUCCAAAUAUUUAAAAAUUUAAAUAAAUGAACAAAAAGCAUUAAAUGAAGAAUAAAAUUGUAAUUUUAUUUCAUGAAUCGAUAGAGCUCAUUUUUCUAAAUAUAACAAUAUAUAUUUUCAACCUUCAAAACUUCAGAAUGAUUCUUAAUUGAUUUUCUAACAAAAUGUAAACACAUCUUCGUUUGACACAAUAGAUCUUUCUAACAGUGUAUUCAGCCACGUGGGUUUGCAUUUUUGGUAGUUAUCCCAGCAAUGGAAGAUGCGCAAGACUUUUCAUUUUUAAUCAUAGCAACUUUGCUUGCCUGCAUGCGUUGAUGAUUUGAUUACCUUUUUAAUACUCCCACAUGUCGAUUAUGAAGGGCCCGAAGUCACUCAUUCGAAAAGUGUAAAAUAAGCCACAUAUUUUCGAAAUAUUCUUCGCACGUUUUACAUCCUAAGCUAAAUUUUCGUUAAACCUAAUCCGAAUUGCUGUGCCUUCAGACAGAUAAAUGAUAAGUGAAAGAUUAUAAUGUCGUAUUUUUUAUGAAAAUCGGCGUCUUUGUUUUUCUAGAGUUUUCGAUAGUAGAGUUACAUAUAUAUAUAACGAAAUGGCAGUAUUGAUUUUAGCCAAUUGCUUUCCAUUUUGUUUUGGAAACCUUUAAUUGAGGUACACUUCGAAUUUUCAAUCGUGAGUUUUGUUGCUAGAUUAUUAAAAGUGCAUAAUGCAGUGCAAUGUUACUAUAAAACAUCGACUAAGGGGUUUUUAAUCGAUUUAAUUUAUAGCGUCAGAUUUGGGCGUGACUGAAAACAGUAAAAUUGUGAAUUAUAAAUUUAAGUUGCUUUGUGAAAAUAUUAGGUGCUUCAAUUGAAAAAAAGAAUUAUAUAUUUCCACUAUAACAAUAAGAGCUGCAUAAAGUUCGUCAUAAUUUCGUCAUGGUAACAAUAUUCCCCAUGCAUCCAACCGGUGUCAUUCUUUUCUGCUCGAUCGGUAGACUUUUUGAGUGUUCGAUAGAUAGAUUAGAUUGUUUUCACUCUUCGCAUAAACAUGUUGUUUUUAAAUUGUGCAUUUUGCCAGUAAACGGCAAAUUAUGACGGGUAGUCUAGAAAAAAGUGUCAAUAGCCUACCCAACGUUGGUCUAUCGCUCGCCAGUAUCUAUUUAAACACGGCUAGUCGCCAUUUCGUUCACUGGGUGCUCUCGGACAGUGACGUCACCACUUCCAAAUACUAACACAAAUUUCGAUGGAUGUUAACUUGUUGUAUGUAUAUAAACUUUGGUCUCCGAUCUCCGUCGGAUUCGGAAGAUAAACGUUGUAAACACAGGAGCUAUUGAAGACGUGUGCUUUAUGUCGAUUCAACCAUAAAUAUAAUGAAAUAAAGAAAUAUAUCGAAAGUAACUAAGUUUUUGGUGAACUGAUAAGUGUAUCUGAAUUUAAAGGUACCCAUGUAACGGAGAACGGAUUCACGUAAGGCUUGACGGACAAGAGCCUAACCAAGUAGAUCGCUUCGCGAUAUCGGUCAACAAACAACCUGGAAGUGAUAUUUGUUCAAGUUUCUGUGGCCAUGGAGGAACAAAAUUCAAUAUCGAAGGAGGAGAACAAGCUGGAAGAACCGGCCCUUAUUUAGAUGAAAAAGAAAAUCGAGAUAAUAAAUACACUGCCCGAAAUAGAAUCCGGACAGUAGAUAUCAGAUUGUGAGGCGUGCAGAAAAGAAUUUACUACGUCCAGGAAAUUCUCU